ACACAAACACGUGAGUCUCAUGUGUUGUUCCCUAACCUCACAUCAGAUGGGAUGCCCACAAAGGGAAAACAUCUGAACAGACACAUUGGUUUGAGUGUGUAUGAAAGCGCAAACACACACACCUGUCGAAAUUUUCAUGUCCUGUUCGUUUGGAUUUUCUCUGUGCAAAGGCUGGAAGAAAAAAAUGGCCACUCGCAGAGUGCCAGACGUUGUUCCUCCUCCUUCUGAAGACUCUGAAAGACUCAAGACUGCUUUCAGGGGUCUGUCGCUCUCUCUCUCCACCUUCCUUCUCUAUUGUUGUGGGGGUUUCCUUGAUUUUCUAUCUCUAAUUGAAAAUAUAGACUCUUUUUUUGGAUGUUAGGAUGGGGAACGAACGAGAAGACAAUCAUAAGGGUGUUGGGGCAUAGAAAUGCAAACCAAAGGAGGAAAAUCAGAGAAACGUAUGAGCAGAUUUACAAGGAAUCUCUGAUUGAUCAACUCCAUUCUGAGCUCUCUGGUGAUUUUAGGAAAGCAGUGAUAUUGUGGACAUAUGAUCCUCCUGAGAGGGAUGCGAGGUUGGCUAAUAAGGCCCUCAAGUCUGGAAAGCAGAGAAUAACUCAACUUCAAGUAAUAGUUGAAAUAGCAUGUGCAACAUCUCCUCACCAUCUCAUGGCAGUGAGGCAGACCUACUGUUCUCUCUUUGAUUGUUCACUUGAAGAAGACAUUUUUGCAUCAAAUGCCGACCUACCUGUUAGAAAGGUUCUGGUUGGUUUGGUGAGUUCCUACAGAUAUGAUAGAGAAGUAGUGGAUUUGAACAUGGCAAAUUCAGAGGCAGCUAAGCUACGUGAUGCUAUUGAAAGAAAGAAUCUAGAUCAUGAUGAUGUGGUGUGGAUACUUAGCACUAGAAAUGUUUCUCAACUCAAAGCUACUUUUGAAUGCUAUCACAAAAACUAUGGAAAUAACAUCUACCAGGACAUUAAGAGUUGUGGAAAUGGCAUUUUGGAGGCUGUAUUGAGGGUCGCAAUUUGGUGCAUGGACUCCCCAGAAAAACACUUUGCUGAGGUUAUUAGAGCUUCAAUUGUUGGCCUUGGAACUGAUGAAGAUUCACUAACAAGAGCUAUUGUAACUCGAGCUGAAAUUGACAUGAUGAAAAUCAGAGGAGAGUAUUUCAACGUGAACAAAACUAACCUCGACGAUGCAGUUAUUGGCGACACUUCAGGAUAUUACAAGGACUUCUUGAUGACCUUGCUUGGAGCAAGAAUCUAAGUCUAUGUGCCUUCCUGCCUGCCUAGACAAACCCCUCUCUCUUCUCAAACUAUAUGCUUCAUCUAUGAACUGGGAUUGAUUGAUUUCAUUGUCCUGUUUGGAAUAAAUUGCAAGUGGUGUGUGCAGAAGAAAAUAUUCUAGACUUGAAAACCCAAUGAGAUAGAUUACUUUUUUUUUUUUUUCGUAAUGUAUUAUGCAAUUUGAUUGUUUGUACAUAUAAUAUGAUAUGAUAUGAUAUAUGUCAUCGAUCUGUCAUGGGUGCCUCUCAAGUGCACAAUUGUUACCA